GGGAGCUGGAGGGGAGCAGACCGCAAGGGACGCGCGGCCGAUCGCCGGGGCUGUCACCGCGGACGCGCCGCGCGCUCCCACCGGCACGCGGGCAGCUGGGGGCCGCCAGCCGCCGCCCCCGCCACUUGCCCGCCGAGGUUCUCGGCGCCCGCUCCGCGGUGAGCACACGCCGGGCGAAGGGCGAUGUGGGCCGGGGCCCGCCGCAGUCCCCGGGGCAGCCGGGCGCAGCUGCCCGCGCCCCUCUGGUGCUUCUCGGCGGCGCUGGGGAUGCUGUGGCCCCCUGCCUCGCAGGCUUUCAACUUGGACGUGGACAAGCUCACGGUGUACAGCGGGCCGGAGGGCAGCUACUUCGGCUACGCGGUGGACUUCCACAUACCUGCUGCUCGCACAGCGAGUGUCUUGGUGGGGGCGCCCAAAGCCAACACCAGCCAGCCAGACAUCGUGGAAGGGGGAGCCGUCUAUUACUGUCCGUGGCCCGCCAAGGGGUCUGCACAGUGCAAGCAGAUACCGUUUGACAGUACCAACAACAGAAAAAUCAGAGUUAAUGGAACCAAGGAACCUAUAGAGUUUAAAUCAAAUCAGUGGUUUGGAGCAACAGUGAGAACGCACAAGGGGAAAGUCGUGGCCUGUGCUCCUUUAUAUCACUGGAGAACUCUUAAACCAACACCAGAAAAGGACCCCGUUGGCACUUGCUAUGUAGCAAUUCAGAAUUUCAGUGCAUAUGCUGAGUACUCUCCUUGUCGAAACAGUAAUGCUGAUCCUGAAGGCCAGGGUUACUGCCAAGCAGGAUUUAGCCUGGAUUUUUCUAAGAAUGGAGACCUUAUUGUAGGAGGACCUGGAAGUUUUUACUGGCAAGGUCAGGUGAUCACUGCCAGUAUUGCUGAUAUCAUUGCAAAUUACUCCUUCAAGGAUAUUCUAAGGAAAUUGGCUCGAGAAAAACAGACAGGAGUGGCUCCAGCUUCUUACGAUGAUAGUUACCUUGGAUAUUCAGUUGCUGCUGGGGAAUUUACUGGAGACACACAGCAAGAAUUGGUUGCUGGCGUUCCAAGAGGAGCACAGAAUUUUGGAUAUGUUUCAAUCAUUAACUCUACAGAUAUGACCUUUAUUCAGAAUUUCACUGGUGAACAGAUGGCAUCUUAUUUUGGAUAUACAGUUGCAGUAUCAGAUGUUAACAAUGAUGGAAUGGAUGACGUAUUGAUCGGGGCACCUCUCUUUAUGGACCGUGAGUUUGAGAGCAACCCUAGAGAAGUAGGGCAAGUGUACUUGUAUUUGCAAGUGAGCGCUCUCGUCUUCACAGACCCGCAGGUCCUCACAGGCGCUGAGGCUUUUGGGAGAUUUGGUAGCGCGGUGGCACACUUAGGAGACCUGAACCAAGACGGAUACAAUGACGUUGCCAUUGGUGCACCCUUUGCAGGCAAGGAUCAAAGAGGCAAAGUGCUCAUUUACAAUGGGAACAAGGAUGGCUUAAAUAUUGAGGCUUCCCAAAUUCUACAAGGAGUGUGGGCCUCACAGGCUAUCCCUUCUGGAUUUGGCUUUACUUUAAGAGGAGAUUCAGAUAUAGACAAGAAUGAUUACCCAGAUUUAAUUGUGGGUGCAUUCGGCACAGGAAAAGUAGCUGUUUACAGAGCAAGGCCAGUUGUGACCGUGGAUGCCCGGCUUCUGCUGAACCCAAUGAUUAUCAAUCUGGAAAAUAAAACCUGCCAGAUUUCAGAGUCUUUGACACCUGUGGCCUGCUUUUCUUUAAGAGUAUGUGCAUCUGUAGCUGGCCAGAGCAUUUCAAAUACAAUAGGCCUUACUGCCGAGGUGCAGUUAGAUUCCCUCAAACAAAAAGGAGCCAUUAAACGCACUCUCUUCCUUGAUAACCAUCAGUCACAUCACGUCUUCCCUCUGUCUAUAAAGCGGCAGGAAUCCCUCCAGUGCCAGGAUUUUAUCGUUUACCUUCGAGAUGAAACUGAAUUCCGAGAUAAAUUAUCCCCAAUCAACAUCAGUUUGAAUUACAGUUUGGAUGAAUCCACCUCUAAAGAAAGCCUGGAUGUGAAACCAAUAUUGAACCACUACAAGGAAAAUGUUGUUACUGAACAGGCUCACAUCCUGGUGGACUGUGGAGAAGACAAUAUGUGCAUUCCUGACUUGAAGCUGUCAGCUAGACCAGAUAAGCAUCAGGUCAUUAUUGGAGAUGAAAAUCAUCUUAUGCUCAUAAUCAAUGCAAGAAAUGAGGGUGAAGGAGCCUAUGAAGCUGAACUCUUUGUGAUAAUACCAGAAGAGGCGGAUUAUAUUGGGAUUGAACGCAGCAACAAGGGACUGCGACCACUGAGCUGUGAGUACAAGAUGGAAAAUGUAACCAGAAUGGUGGUGUGUGACCUUGGGAACCCUAUGGUGGCUGGAACAAAUUAUUCUCUGGGCCUCCGGUUUGCAGUUCCACGUCUUGAUAAAACAAACAUGAGCAUUAACUUCGAUCUCCAAAUCAGAAGAAUGUUUCUUAUGAUCAUCUACUGUGGGAACACGUCUGAGAAAAUCUACUUAAAUUACAUGUCACUGUGUUUUAGUUCCAACAAGGACAAUCCAGACAGCAAUUUUGUAAGCCUGCAAAUCAACAUCACUGCUGUUGCUCAAGUAGAAAUAAGAGGAGUAUCCCAUCCUCCGCAGAUUGUUCUGCCCAUUCAUAACUGGGAACCAGAAGAGGUGCCCCGGAAAGAGGAGGGAGUUGGACCAUUGGUGGAACAUAUUUACGAGCUGCACAAUAUUGGACCAAGUACCAUCAGUGACACCCUUCUGGAGGUGGGCUGGCCAUUCUCUGCCCGGGAUGAAUUUCUCCUUUACAUUUUUCAUAUUCAAGCUCUGGGGCCUCUGCAGUGUCAAACAAAUCCUGAUAUCAACCCACAGGAUAUAAAGCCUGCUGUCCCCCCAGAGGACACCCCUGAGCUGAGCGCCUUUUUGAGAAACUCGACCAUCCCUCAUCUUGUCAGGAAGAGGGAUGUGCGUGUGCUGGAGCUCCACAGACAGAGCCCUGCAAAAGUACUGAACUGUACAAAUAUCGAGUGCUUACAAAUCUCUUGUGCAGUAGGACGACUAGAUGGAGGAGAAAGCGCAGUCCUGAAAGUCAGAUCACGGUUGUGGGCCAAGACAUUUCUCCAGAGAAAAAAUGAUCCGUAUUCUCUUGUAUCCCUGGUGUCCUUUGAAGUUAAGAAGAUGCCUUAUAAAGAUCAGCCAGCAAAACUCCCAGAAGGAAGCAUAGCAAUUAAGACAUCAGUGAUUUGGGCAACGCCAAACGUUUCCUUUUCAGUCCCAUUAUGGGUAAUAAUACUAGCAAUACUUCUUGGAUUAUUGGUUCUGGCCAUUUUAACCCUAGCUUUAUGGAAGUGUGGAUUCUUUGACAGAGCAAGACCCCCUCACGAUGAUAUGAAUGACAGGGAACAGCUGACAAAUGAGAAAACCCCUGAUGCAUAAAAAGGAAAACCAAAGACCAAAAAACUCAAGCACUGGUCCUGUUCAAAAUAGAAAAGGAACAUGAGGGUGAAGCAAAGAUUAUCCUAGACCUGCCAGUGUCCUAGGAAAUAGAAAGGUGUCAGAAUAUGCCACCUCAUCUACACUGUGCUUUGGAGAAGUUGCCAAGGAACUCAGUGACCCUUUUGGGAAAGGAAACAUACUCAGCGCUGUAGAAACAACCAACGAUCGUGAAGAAUUUAUUUUGCUUGAGUCAUUCUGUAUUUGACAGACUCUUUGAAAUGGGUAUGGGAACUAAGGGUGCAUUCCAGGUAAAUCCAACUUCAGUCACAAAGACAAAAUGUCUGAACUAUGAUAGAAUUUAGAAGGUAAACUAGGACUAAACCUUCCAACACUACUGUACCCAAAGGAACAUUUGACACCUCCCUAUGGAAAUGACGUUAUGGCUCAGGGAGACAAGCAUAUGUUGUUGGUACUGUAAAAGUACUUUUAAAAUGACAAAGAUAAUUUUGUAAGUGAGGAUAACAAUUUAUUUAUUUAUUUUCCAUUUCUCUAGGCUAAUACUCUAGUCAUCUAGAGGAUUUGGAAAUUAAGACUUGGUUAGCUGGUUUUUGAAAUCAUACACUUAAUUUCCUUCUAAGAUAAACAUUGUGUGCAGAAUAAAUCAUUUAACAGAGCCUCUUCAGGAUUUAGUGUUAAGGAAAAACAAAUUGGUAUUAGGUGACAGUUCCACUUAAUACCUUGCUGCCUUCUACCUGAAACUACUUUUACUCACACUUUACAGGGACUCACAUCUGCUUGAUUUAGCUUUGCAAAAAGUUGCAUUUAUAUUUCCUUUUAUUUAAAAUAAAAAUAUUUCCAUAGAUUUGAUUAGCAAUAUACACAUUUCAAGAUACUGUUGAGCCUGUGUGGUGUUUAAAAGUAAUGGUAAAUGUCUAGAGUCCAUUAGUAAAAAAGCCAUUUAACUAAAUGAGUAAGCAUAUUAUAUUUGUGAUCUAUAAGAAGCAACACCAAUAGUUAUCUUGGGUUUAAAUAUUUUAUUACUAUACCUCAAACUUAUAUACACAAAGAAGACAUGUUAAACAUAAAUAGCAAGGGAAUAUAAAGUUAUGCAGAUGUGAGAUAAACCUAGAAAUAGACUCCUAAGGAUUUUGUUUAGAAUUGCCUAGUCCAACUUCAUUUUCACUGCUAAUCUUUAUAGUUAUAACUUUAGAAAAUAAUCAUUAUUUAAGCUAUUUUCCCAAUAUCUUGAAUUUAACCAUCACAAAAAACUUGAUGUUUAAAACUCUUGUAAAUAAUCCAUAGUUGUGUGUAAUACCAUUUUUGAAGUAAAAUUGACCAGCCAAAUUCAUAUAGUCUGCACAAUUUUGUAUCCUUUUUAUCAUAAUGAAAAAUUAGUAUGGAGAAAUGCUGAACAAAUUUUAUAUUUAUGUGCAAUAUUUUAUAGACCUAUGUAUCUAAAGCAUGUUUACACUGGCAUUAGUUAUUUUUUAAAUUAAUAUCCUGAAUAUUUAGUAGAACAAGCAGACCAAAAUACUUAAGUUUGCAAAGCAGUUGGAAAAUUUGUAUCCCAAUCUCAAUAAUCACACUUUAUUUUAAAUAUGAGCCAUAGUCAGACACUAAAUUUUCUGUCAUGCCUUAACCUGCAAACAAGCCACCUGGCUACAGCUGCAGAGCCUCUUUGGAAAGAAAAUGAAAGGCACAUGAAAAUACAGUUUCUAUUCUCCCUGUUUGAAAAUUCAAUCCUGUCAUGGUAGUGGUUUCAAGUCUGCAGGAACCAAAGUCUGGCUCCUAGUGUGAGUGAGAAUUGUGCCUCAAAGACCUUGAGGGUCACACACCCGCCUCUGGGGGUAUUUGGUAUUAGUCAUCUAUGUAGGACUGGCUUCCCAGGGAGGUGGUCAUCUAUGUGAUGGCUGGAGGGGAUAACAGCUCUCUCUGCUCCUAAAAAAAUGCCUUAACUCUUGUCAUCAUGUCUGACUUUUGGCCAAUAGCGAACUCUUCAGGAUUUGGGGUUAUAAAAGGACCCUGAGAAAAUGCACCUCUGGUCUUUAAGCUAACAUCUAUGAAGGAACUUGAAGCUCUCAGUGCUAGAAACUGUCAGAGCCUGUGAGUCAGGUUCUACAGACACCUGAGGAUAUUAGAGAUGCCAGGAGCAAGAAUGGAUUCAGAAUGGAGCAAAGUCUAUGGGCUUCAAAGGCAGACUACACAUUUCUCACAAUCUCAGCCCCUCUAGAGAGUUGGUCACUGCUACCCACAGGUAUUUCACAGAGGGCCAUCAUGCAUGCAUCAGCCACUUUUGAUGUGGAAGCAGAUGCAGAAAGGGGAACAACUGAGGUCAGAAGAACCCUGCAGUCAUUAGUUCUUGAAGAUUCCUCCAAAUGCAGAAUAUUCUAGCAAUGCACUGAGUGCAUAGCAUUGCAAACUGCUUUCAGAAUCCAUACUUUGCUGUGCUUCUCUUACAGUCUAUCUGUAUUUCAGAUAUCCCUUUUGAGAUUCUUGCAGCUGGGAAAAAAUGGGCAAAUCAAGUUGUACAAACUUGGAGAUUUUUUAUACAUUAAAUAAACAAUAUAGACUAGUCACCACCGAAACCCCACCUUUGAAUUAAACUCUUGUUUUAUUUAAGUACAUUUAUAGAUAUCUGUAUAGGUACAUGUGAAGAUUUUCAUGUACCUAUUUACUUUGUCACUAAUAAAAUUAAAAAUUAAAGAUAUGAUGAUGUACUUGUGGUUUGUUUCAUAAGCAA